GAUAAGAGUCAACACUUCUGCACAUCAAUCUUCAGCUAAUCAGCAAUACUGCAAAGCAAUCCCAAAUGGCUGUUCAGAAGCUUCUCUCCCUCCUGGUUUUCCAACUCGUGCUCGUCGCUUUCGUCCUCGACAUCACCAAUGCUCAAGGCCUCAAAGUAGGGUUCUACAGCAACACGUGCCCUAACGCUGAGAAGAUCGUUAAGAAGACGGUGACGAGCUUCAUUUCUCGAUCCCCCUCUCUCGCCGGUCCUCUCUUGAGGAUGUUUUUCCAUGACUGCUUCGUCAGGGGAUGCGAUGGUUCUGUCCUACUGAAUUCAACAUCUUCUAACCAAGCAGAGAAAGAUGCAUUUCCAAACCUGUCACUGAGAGGAUACCCAGUCAUUGACGCAGUCAAAGCUGCCCUUGAACAACAAUGUCGUGGUGUUGUCUCUUGUGCUGAUAUUAUUGCCCUAGUUGCUCGUGAUGCAGUUUCCCUGACGAAUGGACCAUUUUGGCAAGUUCCCACAGGAAGGAGGGAUGGUAGGGUGUCGAAGAUCACUGAUGCAUUAAAUAAUUUGCCGCCUCCUAGUUCCAGCAUUUCUACGCUUAAAUCCACCUUUGCCGCGAAGGGUCUUACCGUCAAAGACCUUGUUGUUCUCUCAGGGGCACACACCAUCGGGGUGUCUCACUGUACCUCCUUCGCGAACCGUCUGUACAACUUCACCGGCAAGAACGACUCUGACCCGUCCAUGGACCCCAACUACGUUGCUCAGCUCAAGACCAAGUGCAAGCCGAAUGACGCCACCACAAUUGUCGAGAUGGACCCGGGGAGCUCCGAGAAGUUCGAUGUGGACUACUACACCCUCGUCUCCAAGAGGAGAGGCCUCUUCCAGUCAGAUGCCGCGCUGCUCAGUGACAGCACCACCAAAGCCUACGUGCAGCUCCAGCUGACGAGCAAAUCGACAUUUGCCAAGGACUUUGGCGCGUCCAUGGUGAACAUGGGUAAGAUCAGCGUUCUCACCGGCAAAUCCGGCGAGAUUAGGAAGAAAUGCUAUUUGGUUAAUUAAUUAGUUGGUUCAUGUUCUCUCAUCUUGAAUUUGCAAAGGGUAGUCUUUUGUUUUUCCUGUUUUGAUUGAUUCGGAAGGUGGAAUGUCGGUUAAGGAAAGGUAGGGUUCAAAGAUGCUGUUAUUUUUCUAUUCGUUGGGAUGAAUAAAUUGACAAUAAUUGUGGAGUUGGAAGGACAUAAUCAUGUGACUAUCAACAUAUU